GAUUCCGCGGGGCGGGACUGCGGGCCCCAUUGGUAGAAAGGCGACCAGAAAAGAAAAACCUAAACUUGACCAUCUCUGUAGCGAUUGGAGUUGAUGGGCAGAGGCGGAGCGGAACGCACAGGAACCCUGGCCAAUCGGUGUUCAAAGCGGUCGGGGAGCCGGGGCCGGGAACGCGGAGCGAGGACCGUGCGGUCGCCGGCCGCGGGGUCUGGUGGGAGGAGCGCCCGCUGGCCGCUCGGCGCUUCCGGUUUCCGGUUCCCGGAGUCGGGCACGGCGAGGCGCUUGGGGGAGCGGCGGCCUCGGACAGGAGCCUUGGGCCAGGGGACUGCGGCUGGCCGCUGGUGGCCCCGGCUCCCGCCCUCAGGAGGACACGCCAGGAGCUUCUGCCUGCGGCUUCCCGGCUCGCCCGCGACACGAUGCUCCCCUUCUGUAGCUGCUGGAAGACUGGACUGCUACUACUGCUACUCCUGGCUGUGGGAGUGAGAGAAUCCCUGCAGGCCGAAGAAAAAACUUGUGACUUGGUAGGAGAAAAGGAUAAAGAGUCAAAGAGUGAGUUGGCUCUGCUGACGAGACUGAAACCAUUGUUUAACAAAAGCUUUCAGAGCACUGUGGGCCAGGGGUCUGACACUUACAUGUACGUAUUCCGGGUAUGCCGGGAAGCCAGCAACCACAGCUCUGGGGCAGGCCUGGUGCAGAUCAACAGCAACGGGAAAGAGACGGUGGUGGGGAGGCUCAAUGAAACUCACAUCUUCAAUGGAAGUAACUGGAUCAUGCUGAUCUAUAAAGGGGGUGAUGAAUAUGACAACCACUGUGGCAAGGAGCAGCGUCGUGCAGUGGUGAUGAUCUCCUGCAAUCGACGCACCCUAGCGGACAACUUUAAUCCUGUGUCUGAGGAGCGAGGCAAAGUCCAAGAUUGUUUUUACCUCUUUGAAAUGGAUAGCAGUUUAGCCUGUUCCCCAGAGGUCUCCCACCUCAGUGUCGGCUCUAUCUUACUUGUCACAUUUGCAUCACUGGUUGCUGUCUACAUCAUCGGGGGUUUCUUAUAUCAGCGACUAGUGGUGGGAGCCAAGGGAAUGGAGCAGUUUCCCCACUUAGCCUUCUGGCAGGACCUUGGCAACCUAGUAGCAGAUGGUUGUGACUUUGUGUGCCGGUCUAAGCCCCGAAGUGUGCCUGCUGCAUACCGAGGUGUGGGAGAUGAUCAGCUGGGGGAGGAGUCAGAAGAAAGGGAUGAUCAUUUAUUACCGAUGUGACUGUACUUUCAGUCUCCAGCCUCUUGGCCCCCAGACCAAAGCACACUCAUAGCCAGGUUUUCAUGCAGUCUCCUCCCCUCGCUUCAUCUUGUCUUAACAGCAUCUUGCUUUCUAGUUUGCUUUUCAUUUGCAUCCUCUUCUCACUAUCUGCCUCCCCUGUGCUGUUUUGUCUUCUAGAGAGGUACAGUUAGACAGCAAUAAUAGAGCCUGUGAAAACAGGCUGCAGCGCUAUCUGGCUGUCAGAAGGUACAAGUAAGACAAAGUGAGCACAAAGGUCACUGGCCCUUUCUCUUUUUUUAAACACGUUUUCACAAGUUUUUGAGACACUGGAUUUCUUUAUUAAAAAAAUCAAAGGAACAUUAUUUAUACAGGCCUGGUGGCUUUCAUGCUAUAACUUUACCCUACAGUAGUCUCCAUGAGAAUCUGGAUGUAUGUAAUUUCUUGCUGCUUGGAACUGCUUUGCAGUGAUUACUUGCUUGCAAUCCAAGUACUCCCAUUUGGUCUGAGCCUGGAGAUGUUCUAGACUUUGGAUUACGACAGAAAAAAUGUGAAACUUCACGAUUACAGAAUUGUAAUACCGUCACAUCACUUGUGGGCAUUGGGGUGACUUAGCUGGAAUUGGGGCUUGGGUUUUGGUCUGUGGUUAUCACUCUGUAGCCACAGUGCCUAACCCAGCAAUCCAGUCCAUGGGCAAGACAGUCAGGACCCCUCCUGGGUUGCAGAGGCCCCAGGACAGGGCAGUAUGUUUACUUGGUGGUGGGAUUUCCUCUUUGGUGUUCUCCCAUUUGCAGUAGAAACUGGCAAAGCUGCCCUUAUCCUGUCUGUCUCUAUAGUAUUUCUAAACUGAUACUGCACUUUUUUUUUACUGGCAUGUGGUUUUGCUUUUUCCUCCCAGCCUUCUGGAAAGGGGAUGGAAGCAGAAAUAGAACACAAGGGCUCUGUAGUCCUCUGCUCUGGCUGCAGAUGCUGCUGCAGCUCCUGUCCCUGCUGCUGACUCAGGGAAGUGUGUGUCUUGCCCACGUUUCUGUGGGAAAGUUUUUAUCUUCUGAUGCUUCUGUCUUUCUGUGUAGGCCAUGAACCUAUAAUAGUGAACCCGGGGCCACUAAAGAGUAACAUGGCUCCACUGGACACCAGAAGGAUGGACUCAAUAGGCAGGGGCCUUUUAUAAGCCUUUAGAGAAGAAAAUGAUAUUCUUUCACCUUUGGACUUUUCAAUACUAUUGGAAUGGUUUUGAGGGUUUUUUCCUUCCUUUCUGAAUAGGAAAACUAAUGUUAUAAAAGCAUCUCCUUUAUUAUUUGCAUCCUUCCCCCAUAUCCUGGUGUUUUAAAAUGAAAAAAGGUAUACCACUUUUUGUACAAAAACACUUAAUGAUUAAAAAACACAAAACA